AAUGGCAUCUUUCUUCCGUCGUCUUCUAAGUGUCCGUAAGCCAAAAAAAGUGUUGACUCGAAAGGAUUCAAUCACUGGCCGUAAUCACACAUUUGAAGUUCCUUACUUGUCUCGCCUUGAUGGAAAUCAACUUCAGACGGGACAAUCGUUGAUUGCUAGGGGAUACAUUACAGGGAAUGAAGGAUUUAUUGUAAACUUGACAUCAGGCCCGAAUGUUGAGCUCGAUGAAGAAGAAACUGGCCAACUAGACGAUCGUCUCUUAGCUUUAAGAGUUGAUCUGGCAAAGGGAAAAGUAUUUUUGAAUGCAUGCAUCAAUGGGCAAUGGGGAAAAGAAGCUUUUGUAAAGCAAUCGUAUAAAGAAGGAGACGAGUUUGACAUUCGCGUCCGCUGUUUUGAGCAACAUUUUGAAAUUUAUGUGGAGCACAAACUGAUUGCGAACUUCAAGCAUUAUGUGCCGAUGAGCAAUAUUUCCCAUAUCUAUGUUACUGGGGACGUUCGACUUUAUGCUGUAUCAUGGGAAGGAAAACUUUAUAACAUGCCAUACACUGCAGACAUUCCAGGAAAUUUCUACGUCGGUAGAAAACUAUUUGUAUCUGCAAUUGCAGACAAAAAGCCAAAAGAUUUUUCAAUUGACUUUUUUGCGGAAGGUGAUAUUCCGUUCCAAUUGUGUGCUUCUUUUGUCCAAAAGAAGGUACUUCGAAGCAGUGAGAUUUCUGGCACUAAAUCGACUCCAGAAACUAACUUCGAAGGAAAAAUUAAAUUCCCAUUGAAACCAAAACGAUCAUUUGAUAUUUUGAUUUAUGCAGCGGAUGACAAAUUUUUGAUUUUUAUCAAUGACGUCUUGUACUGCACUUUUGAGCACCGGGCUCCGGCUGCAAAAAUAGAACGUCUUCAAAUUAACGGAGAUAUCCAGUUAAUCGGUGUUCAUAUAAAAUAGAUAAUUACCUAGUUGUUCUAUGGUUUUUCUCUCAUUCUUUUUGUUCUAAGUUCAUUCAUAUUAAUAAAGUUUUCUGACCGG